GCAGAUGAUGCGCCUUUGUUGACGAUGGUUCAUCUGUCUUUUGCAAACACCUCCUCGUCCAUGAUUUGAUGUUCUUUAUCUUUUCAGAGAUAUCUUCCGGCAGUCAUAUAUUACCAGUCUAGAUGUAGACAAGGACAACUAGUAGAUCCACUAGCAGCAGUACGACUGCUAGAACGUCUAAUGAAGCAAAAAGAUGGCACCGGUUGCGUCGCUCACAACGUCAGCACCAGCGUUUGGCUCAAAUGUGGUGCCUGCUGCAGUCUCGUCCCUUGCCGUGGGUCCGGUAUUGCGAAUCCUAGAAACCUCCACGAAAAGUAGGAGACUUCGUCAUCGUCACGCUUCGUUCCAAUGGAUGGCACAGAGAUUUGAUGCCACACGAACUGCUGCUAGCUCGUCGACUUCAUCUAGGAACUUCGUAGGCGCCUCCUCUGGAACAAUCGGAACACCUCCACAUCAACGACAUCACGGAAGCUCUUCUGGUGGUUUGCUGAAUCUGAGUAGGCUAUUAAGAAGAGCACCAGAAUCUUCUUUUUCUGGGCCAAACAUCAACGUCGCAGGAGGACCCUCAGCCUCAGCGGCGCCCGGCACAGUACGAGAGGUCCCAGGUAGAGGGACUGAUCCUUUCCAAUCCGAGGCUCCCAGGUUUCCCCUGUUCGACUUCAGCGUUCCCUUAAAGACGAGAGCGGCACAAGCUGCGAACGGCGCUUUCUUCGUUUUGAGUGCGAUGACUGCUGGUUCUCUGCUGGGGUACAGCCUGAGCAACAGUGAGGCCAAGAAAGCUCAGAUCAUUGAGGAUUUGAGAACAGGCGUUUUUUUCCAAGAUCUUUAAGGCUCCCGCUGAUAAGAAGGAAUAUCGAGGGUCCAAAGUAUAUCGAGUUCAAAGAGUUUGUGAAAUCCUGCUCAGCAGAAUUCAGAAUCCUUGAGUGCUUCUUUUUCUACUUGAGAAAAAGAAGCCAAGGUGAAUGCUAUCAGGGAUGCGUCGAACGCAGUAUCUCUAUGUCUAAGACCUUCUAGGGUUGGACUUCGGCCUUUCGUCAUCGUCUUCGGGAAGCGGAAACGGUCGUGGUGCAAACAACUCAAAUGCCGGACUCUCAGACUCCGAGGAUGCCACCCUUAUCGCGGAAGUGGAUCAGCUGUCUGACGAUGAAAUCAUUGCAACGAUGCUGCCUUUGACCCAGAUAACUAAGGCGGUACCUAUAAUACAUCUUUGGAGUUGGACGCAUCCUUGAAACGUAUGGAGGAGGAGUAUUCUAAGGGAAGACCCACCCAUACCUUUCAAGGAUGCACUUGCAAGAUGAAUUUCGGACAGCUCUAAGAUAACUGACGAACUCUUUGAUACCAGUGACAAUUUACUAGUUGUAGUGGUAGACGAUGAGCGAAGACUCCACGAUCCGCUGUUUAAGAAGCAGCUGCGCAAACUCCAGCUUUUGGUCCAGAAGCACUGCAUCAAACCGCCACGGGCGGAGGCUGAAUUGUCCUUGGCGCAUACUUAUGGCUUCAAUUAAAUGGGUACACUACUACUACUACUACUAAAUUUGAUACAGAUAGAGAUACAGCUGAAUGCAAUUUUUAUAGUUUUUUGAGUCUGCUCCUACAACUCGGUCAUAAUUAAUGGCGACGACUUUACUCAGGUCACCCGCCUCGGUGCUCUACGUCGACUUUACUCAGGUCACCGAUUCAUCCUCGGAGUCGAGUCAGGUGCCGGGGGGCUUCGAUGUGCAGGAUUCACAACCUAACGUAACCUCCUCUACUGUCCUGGCGGUUGAAAAUGUCAAUGUAAAUGUAAGAACCUCCUGAAUUGUUUAUAAAUUUAUUACCAUUUACAUUUUAUCCAAUUCCAAAGGCAAAUCCAUCAAAGAAGUAGAUUCAGCCUCUUCAUGAUCUUCGGUGUAGCUCCUCCUCUAACUUAAGCAUGAACACACGGAUCGUAGCAUGGCGACACAGACGCGAGCAAAGAAGAACCUGCCGCCUCCUAAAAAGCAAGACGGCCCACCUCCUGCAUCAGGGAAGCAGGAGAUUAUUCUCGCAUCCGACGCCGGUCAAGAAGUGAUUGAGCGCAUGCCUCACCACGACCUGAAACAGCCUAAUUGGGGACUGCCCGACUCGGUUUCUUUUCACUUCACCGUACAGGAGAACUUGGCAGGAGCAAAGACGACUAGUGACGCGCACAAGAGCGUCAAGUUUAUGACUUAUCGCGGUCAUCGCAAAGGCCUCUUUGAGUGGGACUUCAGAGAGGACCCUUCGCCGUCCAACAUCGUGCGCUCCCAAGUGCAGCCGUUCUACCACUUUGUGUCCCAGGACGACUUUGAUAUCGUGGAGAGAGGUUAGUCUUAGUAGUUUUCCUAGACCGCCUCCAUCGAUCUAGAGUGAAUGUGAAGCAAGAUCAAGAUUUUCUUUUUGUGCACGUCCGAUCCCGAUGAACUCUAGAACUCCAGAGGUAGUUCUUCUUCUUGUUGGCAAUAAAAGUAAAAUGUAGUUAAGGUGGACACAUGGUCGUGUAACUCCGGUCGUUUCUGACUUACAGGUAUCCAGACGAUCUCCGCGCACCAAUUUCCGCAGUUUGUUCUCGAAGACUCGCAUGAGCACCCCGUCGUUGUCCAGAUGUACGAAGAGAGUUGCUUCCUGUGCUUUUUGAUGCGGCCAAUGAUGGAAAGCUUGGCGCGGUCAAAAGCCUUCAUGUUUCUGGAGCCGGCACGGUUUGUGCGCAUCAACGUGGAAGCGAACGAUUUCCCAAUAGGGUUACCAAUGGCCCGCGGCACACCGCAGUUCUUGCUGUACAACAAAGGCAAGGGAGACAAAUGGGCUGAGUUCAAACCAGCAGACUUCGUUGCGAAACUCAUCAAGGCGUUGAAAGUCGAAGACAAAGAACAACAGGUACAACUGAAUCUGAAUCAUGUGAAUGCGGUAUAGAAAAAGAUAGAAAAAUGCAUGUUGAAUAGAUAUCAUGAAGAAGUAGGUCCAAAUCUAACCUCCGAGGUUUGAGAGAGACAUUUGACAACACGAAUAAUUGCAGGCUGCGCUAACCGCUCUGGCCGAGUCGGUCCAGAGACGCUUUCAGCUGUUCACCGCCGUGGCCAUGUGGCAGCUAGAGUUGCGCAAAGUGGAAGACGAGCUUGCGAACCAAGACGGAACAUCGACACCAGAAAUCUGGCUAGAACGGAAUGUUUUCAAGAAUGGCGCCAACAAAGGAGCUCCAUCCCCGUCCGGUCAGCCAGACGAUGGAUUUACACAGCUCAUCACUGCCUUGAUGGCAGCUGAUAUGAAAAGAACCGACACAUUGGACCAGAACAUAGCAUUCCUCGAAAAGGAAGCAGAAGAAUUGGAGAAAGAUGUCUCACUUCUGGGAAUCAUGCUGGGAAAAGUUAUACAAACUGCUGAGGAGCAUUUUGGCGUUGUGUAUGGUUCUGAUCCUAAUGGAGAUCGUGACUACACGAAUAGCAGCACCUCCUCGUCAUCUUCGUCCACUGCAGACACGAGAGAAACUAGUAGUACAACUAAAAACGCUACUAGCAGAAGUAGCGCUGGAACUACAAGUAGCGCUGGAACUACAAGUAGAGAUGGAACUACAAGUAGAGAUGGAGUGGAUGGGGAGACAGCGCAGCGAGCAGCAUCCACUGUAUGAAGGGGAUCCAACACAGAGUCGUUGAUCACUAUCUCGCUUUUCGAAAGAACAACCAGAUGCCCUCGAAUACUCAAAAUAAGCGAGUUACUGACUGAAAUAAGACGAGAGUCUUGACUACAUUCCUCUUCUUUCAGUAUCUCCCUUAUUUUAAGUAGUUACUCGCUUAUUUCACUUUUUCGUAGUACACUUUUUCUUUUGAUGUCGUAGUCGUUAAAUAAUGUACUUACUAGUAAGUAGUACUUUGUUCUACAUUCUACAAGAACUAAGCACGAUGUAGUUUUGAACUCAUCUAUUUUUACCUAGUGAUCGACGGACCACUACUUUCCCCAAGCCCAUUUCAAAAAUGAAACGACGCGAAGACACGAAGAUGACGCGUGCCAGCAGGCGCACAUCUACAUCCAUUUCCGCCGAUUUCUUUGACGAGCACUUCCAGGUGGGCGAAGAGAAUGUCUUCGUGCAUCAAGGUGAAUGCGGCUUCAGCGAUCCAGAAGGCGACGACGUUAACCAAGGUUCCUCCAUUGCGUCCAGGAGCAAAGCGAGAGGAUCCUUCCGAAAGACUCGAAAGGAGCCAGUCAAUAGAGCUCGUGGCUUCUUAGACGAGGACGUUGAUAUGUAUGGCUCUGGUAUUUGGUAUAGCCUGAAUUUGAUCAUAAGGGUUCUCUUCUUGUUUUCCCUUAUGAUCUUCAAAUUCAGGCUAUGGCAAAGCCUGGCACCACUCAUGAUAUAGACGGGGCAGCUGUGGGUAGUAGUUCUCGCAUGCAACACGAGGAUAAGCUAGAAGACGAAACGGAAAAAUCAUCUAGAAGAAAAGAACAGCAUCAAAGAAAAAUGAUGAAAAAACGAAGCACCAAGUACCAACCUGAAGAAAGCCUUGGGAACACUGGUGGAAAGAAAGCGCUGUCAGAAGACCAGUUCGAACGCGUUGGCGGAGCAUAGACAGGAAUGCGAAUGGCAGGGCAGUACACCUUGUUGACCUCAGCUUAGAAGUUGGGUUUUUUCAGACGUGGUCAGCUGAUGGAUGCGCCUCCACGAGCACGCAUUUCUGAGUGGUCAAACAACGUGAGCUGAUCUUAUUGGAUUAUUUUACAAUCCGAUUGUCGAGCUCGAGGUCUGUGGAAGUGAUACAUCUACAUCAUAUGCAAAGCGUGAAUCUCUGAAGAUGCCGAUUCCAGAAGAAAAGAAGGAAGAAGAAGACCUAAGAACUCUCUUGUCUCAAAUUUUCGUCUCAACUUCUUACUCCAAAAUAUAUAUCCAAAAAUUAGAAAAACUAAAAAAAUGUUCUUCCUAACCAAACAAACCUUAACCUACUAACUUGAUGAUAGAAUAUUAUACAUAGUACAAUACUCAGACUCAUCCCGAUCCUUGAUGAUUGAUUCUAUGACGACCAAGUACAACAUUCUUGAGAAUUUAUCCUUGAUUCAGGACACACAAGCACAACAGCAUCCGCGCAUUAGUGGC